UUCAACCGAAGAAAUUGUGACUGAAAUUACGGAAGUUGAGGAAAUCUCCGCGCAUUUCAAAGCGGAAAUGUUGAGUUCCAGCACUUCAACCGAAUUUCAGUCAUCAACAUCGAAUUGCGAACGGCUGUCUCCACCGGAAGUUGCGGGAAUUUCCUCGAGAAUGAAUUCGAAAGUCGAUUCCCUGAUUUCAAACGACCGAGACAUCCCAGAUUUUCUCGAAAACGAGCGGAAAAGCGAGAGUGAGAUCAAAACCCAUGUCGAUUUAGUGUCAAAAAGUACCCAAACUCAAUCGAAAAAUCGAGAGAAUGAUUUAUUAACGAGUGAAUUGACCAGUCCGACGACUCCGCGAGCGAAAAAAUCCUCCCACACGCCUCCGAAUAAGCACAGCCAAGAGCUGAUGCUGACGAGAUCUCAGUUAUCAAACGUCCACCGAAAAUAUCAACAGCUAAAAAUGCGUUUCCACAGACUCCACACGGAUUACUACAAAUUAAUGAGCAUAACCGGUGAAUUAACAUCAUCACUGUCCAAUUCUAUUCACCGGCAGCCAGUCUCGAUAGAGACGACUUUAAAAAAUUGCAUGAGAAUUUAUCCAGAUUUGUUCGACAAGAAUAUUCGCGACAGCAAGAUUUCUCUGUGCGAUAGUGAUAAUAACGAGGGAAACAGUAAUAAAUCUGUUCUGGUGACUGUGCCACUUUUGCCGAAGCUAUUGAACUACAGGAAAAUUAAAUUUCAUCUCAUCAGUGGAAAUAUCAGGACGAAACUGCUGCUUCUUCAGGCCUUGAGGUGGAAGAUUACUCUGAGCCAGACUGACGAGAGGGACGAAGUGGUUAAUGAGUUUAUCAAUAGUGAUUUGCUCGGUUUGCACGGGCAGAUCGCCGGGGACUCGGGGAGAGCUGUUCUGCCGUAUUUAUUGGUACCUCUGGAUGUCGUACAGCCGCAUCCGGUGCAGCAGUCUGCGGCGAGGCUGUUGAAUACUUUUGCUUCACUGAAAUGCGGGAGGGAUUAUCUCGCGAUGGGACCCACAGUGCUGAAUGUGGUGGUACAAUGCCUGGAUAGCACUCACGCAGACUCAAUAGAUGCAUUCACCUGCGACAUGAUAAUCGCAAUGCUGCAAAAACUCUCGCUGAGAAGACACCAACGAUUAUACAUGAUUGCCUCUGGCCUCGUUGAAUGGCUCAUCCAUCACUUGAAAGCCGAGUGCCACUCAAUGGGCUCGUACAGGCUUGAAUAUGCUACUGCCUUGUUAAUGAACCUAUCGCUGCAUAAAGAGGCACAGAUAAGAGCCGCUGCUAUGGCCACCAUGGUAAUGUCCACCCUGAUUGCCUUGCUGUCUACUGAACACUUGCCAGCAUUACCGUAUAUCAAUGGAGUAUUGAAUAGUUUCCUCGCUAAUAGUUCCAUCAAUGAAGAAGCCAAAUUGAUGGGACUUGGACCCAUUCUGGAGUAUCACCGGAAGCAUAGAACCGGAGAAUUGAGGAAACAUUUGGAAUAUAUUCUCCUGAGGCAUCGAAGACAGCCGAAUGAAACGAUCGAAGAAUUAUUGAAUGAUGAUGACGAUCGGGAAGAAUUUGAUGUUCUUGAAGAUGAGCUGGACGAGAUGGACCCGGUUAAAGUCAACAUUGGGGAUCUCUUCGGAGAUACAUUGUUAUCAAGUUGCUACUCUCUGACCACUGAUCUCCCUCUUGAUAAUCUAGACGUAAUACAUGCGAAAUCACCGACGGUUGUGCAUCGCAUACCAGAGUCUAUUUUAACUAAAUCGAAAAAUAGAGAGGAUGAUAAUGAAAGUGGAUCAAUCACCGGGAAAAACCUACCAUCGAGGGAAAGUUCCAUAAAUGUAACGACGGCGAUCUCAUCUGGCGAACCAAUUCAAGUUGAGGAUGGAGUGGACAGUAUCCCAUCAUUUGCCACGUCUGGAGUAACGCGGACGGACGAACUAGUACGAGAGGACGAGGAGGAGGCCUUUGCCGCGAAGCCAAAGAUCACGAGAACUCCACCUCCUUCAGCCGCAGCACCCGGACAAAUCAGCAAGCCACCAAGGACUUCAUCGAGGAUGGAAUAAAGUGUAUCACAAACGGUCUUCGUUUGCUACUAAACACUGAGAGAAAUAUCAUAAUAUCACAAAGCUAAUUUCUUGCGUCAAAUAUCUCAUCUUUUGAGGAUAAAUUUCCUGGGAUAAGAAUUCCGGAUAAUGUGUCAGACAAUGAACAUAUUAUG